AUGUCAAAUCCGCUCUCACCCCUCUCAUCCUCCUACCAGAACGCGCGCGCACAAUCUCAAAUGGCGAAUUCUUCGCCCUUCAUUCACAAGACCCUUGACCAACCCUCAGAGCAAGUUCCCUCGAGCCCAUUGAAGAGCGGAUGGACAAGUCACGCUGCCCCAAGUCCGAAUGCCCAUGAUGAAAACGAAAUCUACCAUCCUAACGAACCCGAGAACGAAAAUGAACACGAUUCCAAUGAUGCCGAGUCAUAUCAACAAGGUGCCAGCUCACCAUUCCAGCUUGAUGGACGCGAAGACACCGUGGAUUUCCAGAAGCUGCGCGAAAUGCGACAGACCUCGUCCCAAUCACACCCACAACUUGAACCGCUAAAGGAGGAGAGCCCUGUAAGCUCUCCAUUCCGUUCAUAUGCAACAGAUGGGACAGUUGAUUUUCGAGGAUUGCGUGAGGUGCAGCCCAUGUCACCAGGCUUAGACAAGCGGCUGGCUCUAGGGGAGCCAAUGAGCUCCCCUUUCCGUCCUAACGCCAGUGAAGAUACAGUUGAUUUCCAAAAUAUGCACGAAGAGCAACAGUCUUCUCCUCUGCCAGGCCCACAAGUUCAACCAUUGGAGGAGGAGAGCCCGGGAAGUUCCCCGUUCCGGUCUCAUAUCCGAGAAGAGACAGUGGGUUUUCAAAAAUUGCGCGAGGUCCAGCCUAUGUCUCCUGGAUUAGGAAGGCGGCUAGCUCUAGAGGAGCCUGCGAGCUCCCCAUUCCGCCCUGAUGCGCUGGAAGAGACAGUCGACUUUGAUCGCUUACGCGAGAUACAGAAUGACUCGCCUAUUCUUAAAGCGCGACCAUUGCCCGAUCCCGCUAGUUCGCCUUUCCGCUAUGAGGCAAGAAACGCGACAGCCGAUCCAUCGGAACUACAUGAGAUGCAACAAGAUUCGCCAAUGGCGUCUGAGUUUUCCUCGCCUGUCGUGACACUGGAUUCACCCAUCCCUAACGCACCAGAGACCGCUGAUUCACCCAAGUUACACGAGUUGAAGCAAGACUCACCAUUGGCAUCCAAACGCUCAUCCUUUGCUAAAGAAUCAAGCUUGCCCAUUCGAGAUGAAGCACCAGAGGCAGUUGAUCCUCCCAAGAUACAUGCGCAUGCAGAGUCACCGGUAACAUCCAGCUCCUCUUCUCCUAUUCCAGUACCUACUUCGUCCUUCCGAUUGAGUCCCAAGGAAAACGCCCUUGAUCUUCAUAAGUCGCGCCGGGUUUCUCGUGCGUCACUUAGGCUGAGUGACCAGCGCUCUGUUGCAGCAACUCCCCGCAAAAGAUCUUACGACCAAACGCCCCAGAAUCUGGAGGACGACUUGGAGGUAAACGAGCGCCAUAAGAAGGGUAUGGUGAGCCGACCAGAUGCACCAGCGAUUCACAUCGAUGCCGAAGAGGAGCCCGGUGUACUUCAUGACCAGAGCGUUCUUUCCGCUACAAGUGUCGUGCACGACCGAUCAGCAAUUGGCAACAGCAUGAUAGAGGAUAGGCACAAUGAAGGGAUGAGCACAGUACUCCAUGGAGACGGCGACAAAGAGAAUAUUUCACAUGAGAAUUCGAUGGUCGACGACUCAAUGGAUGACACUUGCUUGAGCACGUUCUCCGCCAUGCCUGAUAUGACUACAUUUGCGAAACUCCGCGCCCAGUCGCCGAUGAAGUCAAUGCGAGGCAGUGUCGCCCCCAGCCCAGCUCCUAAUAUGGACGGGCGUCGACACAGUGUCGAUCCUGCCACCCCAGGCGCAGGACGCAGGGCACACAGAGCGAGCGCCUAUCUGGAUGCAAAUUCGCUUAUGGGAUCACCUACGCCGAGACCCAGAGGCCCUCGGGACAUGGCUCAUCCAGUCGACUCUGCCGGUCUGCCUGAUUUCACCGAUCAAAUGAACUUCUUCCCUCGUCAAUCCAUGCAGAGUGCCCGCUUCUCCCCCUCGCGGCGUUCGCCUAUGCGGUCGGCCCGGCAAUCUAUUCGAUCUCCCGGGAAGAUGUCGUCACUGUUGGACUUCGACAUUCCGGCUGCGCCUACCCCUCGAUCCAUUCCCACGGUCACUCCCCGUGAAUUGGAGUCACUGAAGUCCGGCUUCUUGUCUGAUAUAUCUUCGCUCAAAGCCACUCUCAGCGGCAAAGAGGCUGAGGUUGCUAGCUUAAAACAAGCUGUGGCAGACGCCGAGAGACGUGUCGGCGAAGCUCUGGAAGAAGUACGCAACGAAGCCGCCGGCAAAGAGGUGCUGGAGAUGGAACAGGCCGAGUGGGAACGUCGAGUCACUGAGAUGGAAACUGUCCUGCGGUCUGCCCGCUCCGAAUUAGUGGAGGGGGAACGUGAGCGUGACCGCCUGUCUCGAAAGGCCGAAGAGGCCGAAAAAAGCAAGGAGAAAUUGGAAGGCAAAGUGGUCGAGCUCGAAAGCCAGCUUUCCGCUGCACGCGCUGCGACUGUAUCUAGCACUAGUAAAGCUAGCUCAUCUCACCAGUCUUCCAACUCGGCCGAAGACACUGCUCGUGAAGUUCAGGACGCCGUUGAAAAGGUCGCUCGCGAGCUUCACGUGCUCUACAAGGGCAAGCAUGAGACCAAGGUUGCGGCCUUGAAAAAGAGCUACGAGUCUCGCUGGGAGAAACGUCUACGUGAGGCGGAGAAGAAGCUUACUGCCGCACGCGAGGAAAAUGAACAUCUCCGUGUCGAACGUGAUACUGCGCAAUCCGAUCUAAUGGCCGCGCCUAACACCGGUCUCUUCACUCGCGAGAAUGAGGAGCACGAGGCCGAGAGGCGUGUCAUGGAGGCCCAGAUCCAGAGACUGCAGCGAGAAAUGGCUGCUCUGAAGGAUGAUACCGAGCGAAUUCGUGCCAACCUGGAGUCUGAACGCGCCGAGAAGGGCGAGCUUGUUGCCGCGGUUGACGAGUGGCUAGCUAUGCAGCAGGCGCCCGUCCCAUCUCAGCCUCGAGACCGCGAGCCCUCUGUGGCAUCUUCUGUGCACAACGACUCCAUUGACGAGCCAGCUCAACCGUCUCGCGAAGUCACCCCGGAUGACUUCCGUCGCAGUGUCAGUCGUUCCGUGUCUGGAAGCAUCCGUCCCCCUGCCACGGAAAAGAGAAUUCCUAAAUUCGGUGCCCCCGGCGGUCAUUCUCGCGGUAAUAGCGGUGGCCGAUCUGGCAUUGCAAUGCCUACUCCCGGCCGAGGCGGGAUCAUGAGUUCAAUUGAGAGGAUGGGCCGCGGUGGUGUUUAG